AUGUCGUCCUCGGAAGUCGACCAUUUGGAUACAGAAAGCAUUAAAGAACACCAUGGAGAAAUCAUUUAUGAUGCUAAUGGCUUCGUUAAAAAGAUUUAUCGAAAAGAUAGUCAAUUAAAUAGAAGAAUUGUUGAUAGAUGGGGUGAAUCUUUUCAUUUUGCCCGUGCUUUUAAAGGAGAUACAUUCGAACAAUCCAUCAAACGUCAUGAACAAUAUUUGGCCGUGAAACUUGGGUUAAAUGAAAAACAAAAGACCCUUGAUGUUGGAUGUGGUGUCGGGGGACCCCUUCGCGAGAUAGUGAGGCUGUCAGGUGCUCACAUUACUGGUCUUAAUAAUAAUGGUUAUCAAAUCGAAAGAUGUAAAGCCUAUGCCAGAAGAUUAGGAUUAGAAAGCAAGUCCGAUUAUAUCAAAGGUGACUUCACUGCUAUGCCACGUGAGCUAGAUGGCAAAUUUGAUUCAGCUUAUGCAAUAGAAGCAACCGUUCAUUCACCUAAACUUGAAAUGGUUUACGGGGAAGUAUUUCGCGUUCUUAAACCUGGAGGUCUCUUUGCUACUUACGAAUGGGUUACUACACCAAACUAUGAUGAAAACAAUCUUGAGCAUAAACGCAUCAUUCACGGCAUUGAGGAAGGUAAUUCUAUCCCUUCUUUGAGCUCUUAUAAACAAGCACUUGAUGCGGCCAAACGUGUUGGUUUCGAAUUGAUUGAACAUGAGGAUUUGUCUAUUUUAUCUGAAUGUCAUGAACCUUGGUACAAGACUUUGAAAGGAGGUUUUUCCUUUAAAGGAUUCAGAAUGACUCGCAUAGGCAGAUGGGCUACUCAUAAAUUUGUGUAUAUUCUUGAAUGUCUUCGCAUUGCUGCACCUGGUUCAACUGACGUGUCCUGUUUCCUCAAUAAAACUGCAGAUGCUCUGGUCGAAGGUGGAGAGACAGGAAUUUUCACCCCAAUGUUCUUUAUGCUGUUUAGGAAGCCAACGACGGUUUAA